UUGCACUAGCAGUGAUUCCCCUCUCUCUCUCUCUCUCUCUCUCUCUCUCUCCCCUUUGCCUUUACCUUUUCCUUUCCUUAACACUGAACUCCAUUGUGUUCAAAAUUCAGUAUCACCAAACCUUCCAAAUUCACCAUACCCACUUUGUCUCUUUUACCUUCUUUCUCUCUCCUCUCUCUCUCUCUAGAAAGAAUCAUUCUCACUGAGUAAUUUGUAGAAAAAGUGGCAGAACACUGUCUGUGGGGUCUCCUACUUAAGUGGUGUUACUACAAGCUCAGAGCUUGUGAGCGAGUGAGUGAGUAUUCUUCUGCUCUUAGAGCUCUGAUCAACAAAACCAACAUCAAUGGUGAGGAAUUGGGUUGCAUUGCUUCUGAUUUUUCUUCUUCUCUCUGGGGAUUUCUCAUCAGGAGUAGCUGCCUCACCUCCUGCAAAAAUUGUAACUGGGAUUGUCACCAAUGUGAUUUCUGCUCUUGUCAAAUGGCUCUGGUCACUGAAAUCCACCACAAAAACCAGUUCAGCUGUUUCCAGCCGUUCGAUGAUGAAAUUUGAGGGUGGAUACACCGUGGAUACGGUGUUUGAUGGAAGUAAGCUCGGAAUUGAACCACACUCGGUUGAAGUGUCCCCAAGUGGAGAGCUUCUGGUUUUGGACUCCGAAAAUAGUAACAUCUACAAGAUCUCAAUGCCACUGUCUCGAUAUAGCCGACCCAAGCUGAUUUCUGGAUCACCUGAGGGGUACUCUGGGCAUGUGGACGGGAGGCCAAGAGAAGCAAGAAUGAACCACCCAAAAGGGCUGACUGUGGAUGAUAGAGGAAAUAUUUAUAUCGCAGACACAAUGAAUAUGGCUAUCAGGAAGAUAAGUGAUGCCGGGGUUACGACUAUUGCUGGUGGACAAUGGAGCAGAGGAGGUGGUCAUGUUGAUGGUCCAAGUGAAGACGCAAAGUUUUCUACUGAUUUUGAUGUGGUAUACGUAGGCAGCAGCUGCUCUCUUUUGGUUGUAGACAGAGGAAACCAGGCGAUUCGGGAGAUCCAACUCCACUAUGAUGACUGUAAUGACCGCUACGAUGGAACUUUCGGUUUAGGAAUAGCAAUGCUGAUGGCAGCUGCAUUCUUUGGUUACAUGCUGGCAUUGCUGCAGCGUAGGGUGCAAGCAAUGUUUUCGUCAAAUGAUGCAAGUUAUUUACAGGACCAAAGAACUCCUAUACAUAGGGCUGCAACAGUAGCACCAUAUCAGAUGCCUCCAAAAUCCGUCAGGCCCCCUUUAAUUCCAAAUGAAGAUGAACCCGAGAAACUAGAUGACGGCUUCUUUGGUUCACUAGGAAAGAUCGUUCUCAACACCGGCUCGUCUGUGGCUGAAAUCUUUGGGGGAGUAUUUACGGGCUUUAGAAGUAAGCCCCGACAAUAUCACAUACAGCAGCAGUAUCAUCAAACUAAUGAACAUUCAAAUGCUUGGCCCAUGCAAGACAGCUAUGUUAUUCCAGACGAAGACGAGCCUCCAUCAAUAGAAACCAGAUCCCCAACCCCGAAUAAAACCUAUCCAUACAUGACCAAAGACCUAGAGAAGCCUCGCCGUUCGAAGCAAAGUCAAGCCUACUAUAAUUCAUGGGAGGGCGAAUAUCAGCAACAUCAACACAAACAACAACAACAACAACAACAACAACAACAACAACAGCAACAACUUCAGAUUCAGCUGCAGCUGCAGCAGCAGCAACGACACCAUAUGCAGAUGCAAAUGCAGAUGCAGCAGCAUCAGCAACAGCAGCAGCAUCACAGGCAUUACUCAACAAACCCAAAUACAUACUACGAGAAGAGCAGCGAGACAAAUGAGAUUGUGUUUGGGGCGGUUCAAGAACAGGAUGGACGGCGUGAAGCUGUGGUGAUAAAGUCAGUAGACUAUGGAGAUUCUAGGUAUAACCACCACAACAUUCGACAGCGUUUCAAUUAUGUGGGUUAUAAUUCCUCUGGUUACUGAUUAUCCCAUCAAAAAACACAAGAAUAUCAUCCCUUAUGUUGUAUUUCUUAUUUUCUCAAGGAAAUGUUUGCUUUCCCAGAGUUGUCAUCAAGGAAAUGUGCAAGUUUUAUAGCUCUGAUUAGGUGUGUAUUUUUCUCUGUCUAGAGAUCCAAAGAAUCAAAGUGGUUUUGAUUUGCA